AGGUCGCUGUUUCAACGGGAGGAUCCUGUCCUACUGCUAGAUUAGUUCUGUGAACUAUUACGUAAUUGUUUCGAGGGUACUCCUUACUCUAGGCUAGAAGAAGUAGUCACGUUUACGCUUGUGAAAUGCCACGUGCGUCACGUUGUCUUAAUUGGCAGGCACUCUUCUUAGGCUCUUUUCACCCAACGUUAUGACGACAAUAGCCCGACGCAGUGCCUGUUCAGCCUUGACUCGCUUUGAUCCAAUUGUUGUGGACUCCGUCACCGACACGUCUUAGCAUUCGAGUGACAGGUUCGACGUAGACCUUGAAGCGACUAGUGCUCCUGAGUCGUUUUCGAAGAACAUUCAGCACGAAUAUGCUGAUCAUGAAGGGAAGGUACCAAGAAAGAUGAGGAGAACUGUGGACCUCAAGGUUAUCCUGGUGCUAGCGGCUCUUGCUGGUCUCAGCUAUGGGGUUUGCGGAUAUGGGAGCUACGGCGCACCAGGUGCAUCCUUCGGCCUGGCGCGGUUUCGUCGAUCUGCCUUUCACCCACAAGCUGAUGCGCACAACCGGGUAAAAAGAGAGACGCCAAAAAUUCGAGGUGAAAAAGGACCCUUUGGCUUUCAUGAACUUUACAUAGGAGAUGAAAGCGAUGAGGAAGAUGAGGGUGGAGAACCAACACCACCGGUGGUACCACGGCCGAAGCAACAGACAACAACCGACUACGACGAUCACUCCUCCUCCUGCUCGGCGUCCAAGUCAUAAAAGACGUAGCAGCGAGGAGGAAGAAGAGGAGGAUCGACCGAAAAGGAAGAAGAAGAAGAAGCAGCAAGCGAACAGGCCCAGACGCCGUCCAUCCAGCAAUGGUGAGGAGAGUGACGAAAGACGUGGUGGGAAAAGGCGCGGUUCACGUGGCAGCGAGGAAUCCGAGGAAGACUCGUCUGAACGACGAAGGCGCAGACGCCAAAAGAAGAAGAAGAAGCACAGUAGCGACGAAGAAAGCUCAGAGAAGCGCCCCAGUGGAGCCACUCGCCCCAGCGGAGGUGCACAAGGGGGAAACAUUUUCAGGCCACAAAGCGUAACCGGCAUGGGGAUGACUGGCUUUCAUCAGCUGUUUAUAGGCAAUGAGGACGAUGAAGAAGAGGAGGAGGAAAAGAAGCCGAUAUCUCCGAAAAAGCGCGAAAGCGGAGGCCGCACAAGGGGUGAGGAGAGUUCCGAAGAGGGCCGGCGAAAACGUCGCCGGAAAAAGGAAUCCGAGGAAGAGGAGGAGGGUGAAGAAGAGAGGAAGAAAAGAAGAAGGCGCCGUAAGAAAGGCCAUCGGAGGGAUUCCUCAGAGGAAGACGAAGAAGAAGACAGAAGACCUAAAAAGAAAAAGAAAAAGCCUGCGGUCGGCGGGGGUGCUGGCGGAGACGCUGGAGGAGCAGGCGGAGGCAGAGGAGGCGGUGGUGGAGGAGGUACUGUUAUUGGAGGAGCAGGUGGCAAGCCGACCGGAACUAUUCCCGGAAGAGUCUCCGUCGGAGGCGGCGGAACAGUUGCGCCUCCAGGUGGUGGUGGCGCUGGUACCAAACCCGAUAGUAUGAAGGGUUAUGGCAGGGGUUUUGGUCGUCCAUCGGCCUCUGCGGAGGAUGAUGAUAAAGAAGAUGAUGAAGACAUGUUCUAAAUAAACACAGCGUAGCAACCAUUCAGAAAGCGGAGCAGCAUUACUAUCGCAAGCUGCGUGCCACCACUUGAGAAACUUGCGAGAUCACAUAACGGAGCGUACGAUUAACGCUUUGAAGAAUCGCCGGCAUUAUAGGUGAUACGGAUGAUUUAAGUGUGUUAUAAAAAUAAACAAGGAAGACGCCUUUGAUGCACA